CUCGUCUCCAUCGAGGGAGGUUGACGCGGACGAUCCACGCGAUUGCCGUGAAACUGAACGCGACCGGGAGGCUUGACCGCUCCUCUGACAAGAUUGCUCGUACACUGCUGUUUCAUUGCGGAGACUAUGUCGUCGGCGGCGGCUACCGCCCACUCGUUCAAUAAAAUACUCGCUCUCCCAAAGCUAGCCUCUAAGCACAGGACUACCGCAGACAUCGACGAGGCUAUCAAGAAACUCAGACGCUUGAUUCUAGUGGAAGGCAUCCCUUCAGCCAUAGAUCCUACACUACGGCCGCGGAUAUGGAAGAUCCUACUGGGGCUAGGCCCCGAUGAUAUACCCGCAGACCUCUUCCUGUACUACGUUGGUCGCGGACCAUGUGAAGUACGCGAGAAAAUCAGGAACGACACGUUCAGGACGUUGGCCACGGACCGCGGCUUCAAGGAACGUGUGCGUGAAGACAUGCUGGUUCGGCUCCUUGAUGCCUUCGUUUGGCGCUCGCAAGAUCGUCCUGAACAAGCCCUUGGUUUCACUUACGUCCAAGGCAUGAACGUCCUCGCCGCACCUUUCUUGUACACCUUGCCGUCCGAAGUCGAGGCAUUCUUCUGCUUUGCCAAGUUCAUAGAGGAAUCAUGUCCCUUGUAUGUUCAACCGACGCUAGAGGGUGUCCAUCGCGGCUUGAAGUUACUGGAUCGUUGCCUGAAGAUCGUCGACCCUGAGCUGUAUGCAUACCUUCGGUCUAAAAGGCUUUCUGCUGAGAUCUAUGCCUUCCCAUCUGUACUGACCCUAUGCGCUUGCACUCCUCCCCUCGAUCAAGUCCUUCAGCUAUGGGACUUCCUGCUCGCAUUCGGCGUCCACCUGAACAUACUCUGUGUGAUCGCGCAGUUACUUCUCAUCCGAGAUGAUGUGAUGGCGUGCCCAUCGCCUAUGCGAAUGCUCCGGACAUUCCCCCCGUUAGAUGCUCAGCCGGUUAUAGGCAUCGCGGUGACCCUUGUGCGGGAUCUCCCUCCAGAGUUGUAUGACGAGCUCGUUAGGCAUCCAUACGAGCUUCGCGGGAACGAAGGGGGACGCUAGUUCGCUGUCUCGUGUGGAUCGCUCAAGAAAGUUGUCGAUACUCUACUGCUAUCUCGCUGUCAGUCGCUGUCGUUUCCGGAAUCAUGUAUUCAUAGCCGUGGUCAUGUUGUGUAUUCCCUAGCCGUUUCUCUUGGUAUUGGAUCAUCUGAUGUUAU